CGCUCCGCUCCGCUCCGCACGGGGAGGCUCCGCUCCGGGAGCCGCGCCGAGCCGAGCCCCGCGCCCGACGCUUGCAGGUGGCGCGUGCGAUGCCGAGCUCGUCACGUGCCCCGGCGUGAGGCCGCCGGCGGUGGAGAGGGGGGCACUGCUGGAGGCCGCCGCUUUCCCUCGCCCGGCUGAUACGGCGAGCGCGGCAGGCUAUGGGAUGGACGAAGCGGAGCAGGACCAGUACGAAGCCCGCCUCAAGGAGCUCUUCGACAGCUUCGACGGCACGGGCACGGGCUCCCUGGGGCAGGAGGAGCUCACCGACCUCUGCCACGUGCUGCACCUCGAGGAGGUGGCGCCGGCGCUGCAGCACACGCUGCUCCAGGGCAACCUCCUCGGCAGGGUCCACUUUGACCAGUUCAAGGAAGCUCUUAUCCUCAUCUUAUCCAGGACCCUGUCGAAUGAAGAGCCCUUCCAAGAACCAGGUCGCUCGCCGGAAGCGCGGCCCAAGUUCGUCAAGGGCGGCAAGCGCUACGGCCGGCGCUCGCUGCCCGAGCCGCCGCGGCCCGCCGGGGCCGGCGCCCUCGCCGAGCCGCCCCGCGAGGAAACCCGCCCGCCGCCGCCGCCCGCCGCCCGCGAGGAGCGCUGGAAGACGCGGGGCAGCGAGGAGUACGAGGCAGAGGGCCAGCUGCGCUUCUGGAACCCGGAUGACCUGACGGCCUCGCAGAGCACCGCGGUGCCAGCACCCGACUGGGUGGAGGAGAAGCUGCGGGAGGUCUGCGAGCACCUCGGCGUCACCAGGGACGGCCACUUGCACAGGAAAAAGCUCGUCUCCAUUUGCGAGCAGUACGGCCUCCAAAACGCGGAUGGGGAGGUGCUUGAAGAGGUGUUCCAUAACCUGGAGCAGGAUGGCACCAUGAGCGUGGAAGACUUCUUCUACGGCUUAUUUAAAAACGGGCAGUCGCUCGCGCCCUCUGCCUCUACUCCGUACAGACAGCUUAAGAGACACCUCUCCAUGCAGUCCUUCGACGAGAGCGGGAGGCGUACGACCGCGCCGUCGGGCAUGACGAGCACCAUCGGCUUCCGCGUCUUCUCCAGCCUGGACGACGGCAUGGGCUACGCCUGCGUGGAGGGGAUCCUGGACACCUGGCACGAGGAGGGCGUGGAGAACAGCCAGGAGAUCCUGAAGGCUUUGGAUUUCAGCCUGGAUGGGAAGGUGAACUUGACGGAACUGACGCUGGCUCUGGAAAAUGAGCUUUUGAUAACCAAGAAUGGGAUCUAUCAAGCAGCGCUGGCGAGCUUCAAAACGGAGAUAAGGCACUUGCUGGAGCGAGUCGACCAAGUGGCCAGGGAGAAAGAGAAGCUGCGGUCGGACCUGGAAAAAGCAGAAAAGCUGAAGUCUCUGAUGGCCUCCGAAGUCGACGACCACCACGCUGCGAUAGAGCGCCGGAACGAGUACAACCUCAGGAAGCUGGAUGAGGAAUACAAAGAACGAAUUGCGACCUUAAAGAACGAGCUCCGGAAAGAGCGGGAGCAGAUUCUGCAGCAGGCUAAUAAGCAGCGCCUGGAACUGGAGCAGGAGAUUGAAAAGCUGAAAACUGAGGAGAACUACAUCCGUGACCGCCUCACCCUUUCUCUAAAGGAAAACAGCCGUUUGGAAAGCGAGCUGUUGGAAACUGGAGAGAAACUGGCUGAGUAUGAAAGUCUGGCAAGCAAACUGCAGAGGAACUUGGAAAAUGUCCUGGCUGAGAAGUUUGGCGAUCUCGACCCCGGCAGCGCGGAGUCCUUCCCGCAGGAGGAGCGACUGGCGCAGACGAAACGCGAGUACGAGCUGCGGUGCCGGGAGUUGCAAGAUCAGAUAGAUGAGCUGCAGUCUGAGCUGGAGGAGUAUCGUGCUCAAGGCAAAGUGUUCAGGCCUUCUCUGAAAAAUUCGCUGUCAGAAGAGUUUGACAUGGAUAUUAAAAGUCAUGGUAACAGUGGCAUUGAGCCUGACCAAGGACUUGGAUCAGAAGACUGUAAUCCAUUAAAUAUGAGCAUAGAAGCAGAAAUGGUUAUUGAACAAAUGAAGGAGCAGCAUCACAGGGAUGUACAUCACCUCAAGCAGGAGCUUGAAGACACAGUGAGUCAUUAUGAAAAGCAGCUAGAUGAGACAAAAAUCCACUGUGAAAAAGAGCAAGAAGAUAUGAAGAGGAAAUAUGCUGAAGAGAUCCAUGUCAUGGAAAAGCAAAUACUUGGCCUUAAAAACCAAAUAGCAGAACUGCAGGGAGAAACAGCAGUGCUCAGAGAACAACAAGACAGGCUUAGCUGUAAACAUAACGAUGAGAAAAACGAAUUGCAAAUAAGCUUCAAUGAGGAAAAAGCAAAUCUGCAAGAAUUACUCAGGCAGGAACACGAAGCAGAUGUUCGAGCUAAACUGGAGGAGGUAAAUGAGAAGUUCAGCCGAGAACGGGAAGAACUGAUUCAGAAUGGUGUCUGGGUGGAAGAGAAGAUGAGAGUUUUAGUGCAGACUCUGCAGGAAGAAAAGGGAGAGCUAGAACGGGACUUCCACGAGCAGCUGAAAAGGGUGAUGGAAACGCAUGCCCUGGAGAAGGAGGAGCUACAGCAAGAGUUGUUAAGGAAGCACAAACAGGAACUGGAGGAGGAAAGGAAAAAAAUGGAAAGUGACUAUAACAGAAGAGCAUCUCAUGCAGAAACUGAGUUUUCUGUCAACACACAAACACUAGUGAAUAAAUAUGAAGAAAUGAUCCAAAAUCUGGAAGGACACUACCAACGGGAGUUGCAUGAACUUGCCGAACAGCAGAGAGAGGAAAGGUCUCAGUGGGAGUUUGAAAAGGAUGAAAUUGUCCAGGAGGUUACUGAAGCCCAAGAGCAACUGAAGGAAAGGCUGGCAAACGAAAAAGCUGUUUCUCUUGCCCUAACUCAGGAGAAGGAACUCCUGGAGAAAAACUUCAAGGAGGAAGUGAACAAGUUGGUGUGUGAAAAAGAACAGCUUCAGAAGGAGCUACAAGAUCUGAAAAAUGCUACCGAAAAGCAAGAGAACAGGUUGAAUGAUAGAAUAAUACAACUCCAAAAUGACCACGAGAAAGAGCUAAAGAACAAAGAGGAGUGUAUAUCCAUGAUGGAGGAAAACGGGAGGUUGGUUAGCCAAAAGUUGGAGAGACUUGACAGUGAGCAUAAGCAAGAGAAAGAAGAACUCAAUUCCAAGCUUCUUGCUUUAGAGAGCUUGAACAAAGACAUCUGUGUAAGGGCAGAAAGAGAGAAGGCAGAGAUGAAUUUGGAAAUCUCAAAUCUCCAAGAAAAAAUUCAGAAAUUGCAGUGGGAGAUGCUUAAUUUUUCCACACUACAGAAUCAUUACAGGGUAUUGGAAAAUGAAUAUGCAAAAGCAAAAAGAAAAAUUGCUUCAUUCUCUGGUAUGGAGUGUCCAGGAGAUGAUGCAGAUGUUCUUAGGAGCCUGCAGAAAGUGCACGAGCAAGCAGUGAAGGAAAAUGUCAGAAUGGCUUCCGAGAUCGUCAGACUGCAGCAAAGGCUGCAAGCCGUUGAGCGUGGGCCGGCCAGACAUGCCGGUUCUGACCACGCCAACUCCGAUUCAGAACAGUCCCAGCUGCAAGACACCCUAGGUCCCGUUGUAGAAGGGUUGCCCAGUGAUUGUAAGGACGCAGACAAAGGAACAGAUUCAGAUGUCUUUCCCUUGCUGGAGGCUGAUAUUACAGACCUUACAGAAAUGACAGAGGUUCAUUCCAGUUUGGAGAAGCCAUGUGAUGAAACCAGAGCCAAGAGCCCUGCUCCUAAGCUGCAGGGGUGUCAGAUGCCAGGAAGUGUAAUGGCACUGGAAACUGGUGGUAGGCACGAUUCUGACAAGGAGCAAGAGCUAGUUUCUAUAGUGCCCUCGCCAAAAGAAAAACAGCAGGAUCUUGAAAAAACUCUCUCAAGAGUUCCCAGACUAAAGAUGUUACACAGUGAUAUUAGACAGAACAUUCAUCUAGUAAAUAACAGAAUAGCUACAAAAAAUAAAGGCUUUUUUUCUGAUGCUUCUAAGCUGCAGAUGGAGCUUGAGGAGGCUGAAGAACUAACUGGUGCUUCUCUCCAUCUUGAGCAUGUUUCUGGAUCAACUAAAGAGAAAGGUGACCUGAAAAACGUAAUACCUCAGCUCUGGAAAAGGAUUGAAGAAUUGGAAGAAAGAUCAAUGGCACAAGCUAAACUUCUGUCUUUACAAGAAGAAAUUCAAGUGGAAAAUGAGGGGCUGAAAUUUAAAAUUAUACAGUUAGCUGAAAAAAAUAAAGCACUAGAAGACAAUUUACCAAAGCUGAGAAGCCUUCAUUGCAAACUAGAAGAAAGUAACCUACAAACUAUUAAGCUCAGAGAGGAAAAAGCACAGCUCCUCAAGAAAGUUAAAGAACUGGAAGGCAUCCAAGAACAACAUGCGCAAGGGAAAAUAGAUGCAUCCAGUGAAAAGUUAAGACUGCAGCGCCAACCUAGAGAAGUGGAAGAACACUCUGCGACGUUUAAAGCUCUGCAGGACAAGCAUUCCCAGUGCGAUACGGUGAUAAAAGAAAGCUCAAUGGAAAAGAGGGAGCAGCAGGAGCUGAACAGAAAGCUGAAAGCUGCUACUUUGAUUAACCGAAACGACAGGCAUCCUCGUGAAGAGAGAGAGUGGAGCACAGUGACACACGGUUUACAAAGUACAUGCAGUGAGCUGCAGCAAAAGGUUGAUCUUUUGAGAUGUGAAGCCGAGAAGCUCAGAGAGGAAAACGCUAUUCUGAAGAACGAAGUCACUUUAUUAAACGAGGAAGGUAGCGCUUCCAGCCUGAAACUGAGGGAGCUAAACGGAUCUCGGGAAGAAAUGAGGCAAAAAAUAGAGGCAGUAAGAAAGGAGAAAGUGGCUGUACAGAAGAUGGUUGACAACCUGAAAAAGCAGGUAGUGGAUCUGAAAACUAGGAACCAGCAGCUGGACUCUGAAAAUACAGAACUUAGCCAGAGGAAUUCCAAAAACCAAGCAGAUGUACAGGAUCUUAAUCAACAGCUGGCAAGGGUACUCAAGCAAAAGGAAAGAGAAGCUGGAAAGUGUUCCUUGGAAGAAUGGGAAAAGGAGAGAUUGCUACUGAAAGAGGAACUGGAAAACUCUAAAAUAAAGUCAUCAAAUAUGGUGUCUGUCCUGGAGAUGGAGCUGUCAAAAAUUAAAGUUCAAGCUCACAUAUUGGAACAGGAAAACCACAUCCUCAAGCAGGAGCUGGAGAAAACAAAACAGCUGCCCAGAUGUUCUGAUCUCUCUGACCUUCAAAAUGAAGUUUCUAGCUUAAUUACUAAAAAUGAAAAGCUGCUGAAAGAAAAAGAAGCCCUGAGUGAGGAAUUACACAGGUGUAUUGAUAAGGUAGCUAAAGUAAGCUUCUUAGAGAAUGCAGUUGCCAGCUUGAAGCAGGAACAGAAGUCCUGGGAACAACAGAGUCAGACCCUGAAAACACAGCUCACAGUUUCACACGAAAAGGCUCAGAGUCUAGAUGAAACACUGCAAAAUACCAACCUCCAAAUGUCCCGACUAAAAGCAGACUUACGGGUGACGCAACAGGAGAAGGAAACUCUUAAGCAGGAGGUGAUGUCCUUACACAAGCAACUGCAGAAUGCCAAUGACAAGAACCGGGUUCUAGAACUGGCUGUGCCUUCCUCAGGGCUGCAGGACCAACAGAAGAAACUACACUGGGAUGAACUGGACCAGCUGACGAAACAGGAGCAGCAGCUGCUAAGACAAGAGAAUGAGAGAUUACAGAGAGAAGUCCAGAACAUUAAAACAGAUCUAACUCAUUCCAGGGAGAAGAUCAGACAGCUGGAAUCUACUAUCCUUUCUCUAAAGCACCAGAAGCAUCAAAGCCAGUCAGGUAUCGUCAAAGCCAUAGAGCAAGAGAAAUUAAGCUUGAAGAGAGAGUGUGAACAGCUUCAGAAGGAGUUGUCCUCUGCAAACAGGAAGAUCAGUCAGAUGAAUUCUCUUGAAUGUGAAAUGGAAACCAGCUCAGAAAAUGAAAGGCUAAGAAAAAAGCAAGUCAAACUGGAUGAUCAGUUAAUGGAGAUGCUACACUCAAACACCAGUGUGAUGCUUAGCCAAUCCCCGCACUCCCGGGAGCUCCAGCAGCAAGGCUGUGCUAUGGUGCCCAAGGAGCAGUUCCUGCAGCUCCAAUACCAGCUACUGCAAGCAGAGAGGAGGAGUCAAUGUCUUCAGGAGGAACUUGAAAAUAGACCCUCUGAAACAAAUAUGCCACAGGGGGGUCAUGAGCCACUUCUAAAAAUGAUGGAAGAACGUAUGAUGGAUGUAGAACAGAAACUAAGACUUGUGAAGAGGCUUCUCCAAGAUAAAGUAAAUCAGCUGAAAGAGCAACUUUCCAAGAAUACUAAAGCAGAUGCAAUGGUCAAGGAUCUCUAUGUUGAGAAUGCACAACUGCUGAAGGCUUUGGAGAUGACAGAACAGCGGCAGAAAACUGCUGAAAAGAAAAACUAUUUAUUAGAAGAAAAGAUUGCUAACCUCAACAAAAUAGUAAAGAACCUGGCAUCUCCCUCUUUUAACUCAGCAUCUGAGUUAAGGUCAUAGCAAAGCUGUAUGUCACAAUCUCAUGCACUUUACUGAAAUGUUAAUAUUUCAGCUCUUCGCUAUCUUGCCUUUUUGUCCUGAUGGAUUUCAGUUAACAAAUGUCUCUAAGGCGAUGACAGAGCUAAAUCCUAAACAGGACACUGCCAACUUCUGUUUAUUCCCAAACUAUUUUUCUUCUGAAUUUUGCCUAAAACUAAUCUUCAAUAUGUUCAAAAAGACAGGUACACUUAUUCUGAUACUCUGUUUUUAUUUUAAAAUAUACAUUCUGAAUUUACUGGACUGAAUUGAUUAUUCCAAUCUAGAUUGAAGCCAGGGUCUAAAGCAAACUUAAGUUAAUGAAUUCAAAACUUCAAAGUAUUUCACGUUGUCUAGGCUAGUUCAUGGUUCAAACCUAUUAAUAUUAAUAGAUCGGUCUUGAGCACUGUCAGUGUAAUUGUUGUUGAAAGCCAGACUUCCUUGAUGAUGUCUGUAUCCUGCAAGCCAGUUCUGGUUUAUCUAAAUCAAUAUACUCCACCUUAUGCAUUAGGCUUCUGGGCUUCUGCAGAGUUCAGAAAAAGUGUUUUCUUAAAAAUAUGUAAAUAGACUACUGCCUCCAACUAAACGUAACAGAGUUUCAUCUGAAGAAAUUUUCCAGCUGGCAAAUGAUAUACUUUUUUUUUUUUUUUAAGUUGCACUGCCAGACAAUUUAAACUGUUGAGGCCUUAAAUUUUCUGCAUAUGGAAAGAAGUUAUACUAAACAAUGCAAGAAUCACCAUACAGAAGCAAAGAUGUGAGUUCUGUUUAUAUAAUUUGUAAAUUUACUAAAGCAUUGGAGUAUGUUUAUUAAACAAUUCUUAGAAGAAUGAAGAGGGAGACCUAAAUGAUUUUUUCAAUGGAAUCCUGUCAUGAGGGCUCCCAGAGAUAGACCUUUGCCAUUUAUGCAGCGUUCUGUUUGACUGUCAUUUCCAGUAGAUGCUAAUACAGAAUCUGUUUGUAAUUGUGAGGAAACAUAUUCAAGGUGAAUAUGAAAAACUCAGGGAGUAACAGCCUGAACUAGUUUCCUGCACUGUUAUAAACAUGGAUAUUAAUGUCAAUAGAUGAAGAUAAACAUGCAUUAGGAAAAGCAGGAUAAACCACCUUAUAUUUGGUUGAAUAUUACUUGAUAAUACUCCUAGAUGAACAUGCACUAAUGGUGUGGUCACGAUGGUCAAAGAGCAGCAUGGUUAGAAAUGGCAAGUAAUAUUUCCUGUCAGAUCAAUUUAUGAGGCUAGGGAAUACAAGUUUUCUGGAAACAUCCUCAAGAUUUGAGAUAGGUCUGACACAGAAAUAGCUGAAUGAGAGUUUGUAUGCUUGUAUAAACCAUUACUGCAGUCUAAAUAAAGAUGCUAUUGCCCCCUGUACAAACUCCUUGCUCCCAUCAGGGCAGUAAGACAUAUUUACAUUAAAAUAAUGUAAAUAAAACCGGAGGAAGGGAUCCUGUUGGCAGUACUUGAAGCUGGUCCUCUUUAAAUAUAUACUGCAUAAAUAGUCUAUGCAGAGGAAGUGCAAAAUGCUUUGUCCCUGAGACCACUAGUGCAAGGUGACAGUUACAAGAGCCUUUGUAAUGAGCCAGCUGCCCCCUAGGAACUGGGAUAAGACUGCCUGCAAGCCAUGGAGUAACCUGCAGAAAAUUACUCAUCUGGUACUGAUUAAUAUGUGGCUCUAGGGGAUACUAUUUCUGUCUAAAGGGUUACCUACUAAUUAGAGGGUCGAGGGACUGAACUAGACAUAUGGGGUAUGACCCCCUCCUUCUCCUUCCCCCCCUCCUUCUCCUUCCCCCCCUCCUUCUCCUUCCCCCCCUCCUUCUCCUUUCCUCUAUGCAAGCAAUAUAAGCCCUAUUAUAAAAAGUAAUUGAAAAGAUGGUAUCAAUUUUUUUAUUACACCUGCAUGCAAGAAUGGAGCAUAAAGAUGCAGAUAAAAUAAGUUAUAAAGAACCUGUGCUAAUUUUUGUUGUUUUUGAAAGGUCACAGUGAACAUACAGGAGCAUACUUACAUUCAACAAAUCUUUCUCAAAAAGAAAGGAAAGACUUAUCAAAACAAUGGAAAAAAAUACCUUGAAGUAACACAAUCUUUAUACAUUAUUUCACAACUAUGUUAUUCUAAAUACCUGUAGUGACCUGUUAUUCUGAGUAAUCUCAAAUUCAGACAUUUACCUACUCUAUUUUUUUCAUAGUCUGCAAAAACUUUUUUUACAAAUUCAAAAUCAUAUUGAGAUAAAUUGGAGCCUCUUUUUAAAUGUCUGAAGCAGGGAGCUCUCGUUUCUCAUAGUAAUCAACAAGCUGUAUUAAUUAUAAAAUAGCUCUGUGUGUAGGUACUCGAACAGUACUUUAGCAAUACUAAGCGCACGUCCUAAAACCAAGCCUAUGCUAAGAAAAUUAGUGAUGCUUAAAAAUGUUUCCAGGAAGCACUGUAGCUGACUUUCACAGAAUGGGUAAGGUUGGAAGGGACCUCUGGAGAUCAUCUAGUCUCCCUGCUCAAGCAGGGUCACCUAAAGCAUGUUAGAUGGGAUCGCUUCCAGGCAGGUUUUGAAUAUCUCCAGAGAAGGAGAUUCUACAACCUCUCUGGUUCUGAUUCAGAUGAUCAGAAUUAUACCUGGAAAAACAUUACCAGAUAGUAGACUAUGUCACAUCUUCACCUAGGUUUAAUUCUAAUGCUCUCUACAUGACCGAAAUUUAAAAACUGAGGGAAUAUUAUUUAAACUACUGUGGAAUUAAUUUGAAAUAACUCAUUAUAAAGACUAGACUAUUCACCUAAUGUUUUUAAUUAGUACUUGCAGGUUCUUUUUUAACCAAACAAACACACAUUUCUAAAACACGGGUGCCAAAAAGAGAGCCCUGAUAUGAUGAUACCACUAGAAUACUAAGGAGAAACAGAGAAAAGCGAACUUGACUUCUCCCUUUCUUAUCUUAUCCUGUCUUGCUCUACUUUUCUUUCACUUAGCUUUAAAAAAAAAAAAACUAAAUUAACCAUGGAAGAGAACAGGAGGAGAAGGACAGAAGAGGAGAAAUGGUUUGGUAAAUAUUUUUCAGGCGAAACUCCAAUUUCAGCAGAAUAUCGGUGUGAAUUCUCCAAAGUGCCUUUUGUAAUUAUAUAUGCUAGAAUCUUUCUGUACUGUACUUUCUUUUGCUACAGAGCAAUUCAGGACAAUCCUUUCCCAACUGGAGUGAACUCAGAGAAAGGUAGUGCUGCUUACAAACAAGUGUUAUGUUGUAUAUUGGUUGGGUAUGUCAACUCAGAAGUUAAGCAGCUAGUGUUACAAAGUCUAAGCUACUGAAAAUAAGCAUAUAAAGAUGUAAAUUCUUAAGCAUUUGUGAUCUUUCAUGCAAGAGUGUCUCCUAUGCAGUAUAGGCAUUUUAAAGAUACCAAAGUAUUUAACUGUAUCCUAACAUGCAGUCAAAAGAACUAUUGAAUUCCUAAGCCUUGUUCACACAACAGGUCUUGUCAAUUAAUAUCUUAACUACUGUAUUACUAAAAGGUGUUUUAAAUGUUUUAAACUCUUGCUUUAUGAAUCAUUGUGAAAAUGGAGGCACAUAGGUGGUUGGUUGAGGUUGGUUUUUUUGAGAGGAGGUAGGAGAAGCAGAGGGGAGUAUAUGCCCCAGUCAAAUUUAUGUGAUUUAAAUCUACACAGCUGAAGUACUACUUGUCAAUUUAUACUGGUAUUAAAAGUACACAUUGCCACACAUUCACAAAAUAUUAAUUUAAAUUCAAAGAAAACUAAAUUAUUUUAAUUCUGAUUAAAAAGGGGAUUGUAACAUAUUUGAUUUUAGCUAUUUACAGAUUAUAUGUGAGUUGCAGAAGGGGACAGUUUGGCUCUUAUCAAAGAACAGCAAAAGCCUUUAUUUUGCUUUCAACAAACGACAUCAUUGUUAUAGCUGUGCUUUGUUGUCUCCCAAGUUUUACCUGUUAAUCUUCUGUUGUCAUUGUCAGAUGUUGUCACUACUGACAAAUGAUUUGUGUAUAAACAAAAACAAUUGUAUAUUUUUUUCUAUCAAGUUUUUGUUUCAGUGUAAUAUAUUGUCGUUGUAACAUCAUGUAAAAUUGAAAGGCAAACCAACUUAUACAUUAUUUAUAAUGAUGUAAAAAAAUAAAUUUCUGU